AAAGGUUAUCAUAAUCACAUUUCCCAAGAGCUUAAGGAUGGCCAGUCACACAGCUAAGCAUUCUUCAGCCAGUUUAAAAAAAGUUCUCGAAAGAACAAUAGAAAGCAAAUCACACUGAAGAAACGAACCGUUACAUGUUAUAAAUGCAAGGCUCAUUUCAGAACAGAGAAGUCCCUCAUUAAACAUACGAAGGAAUGUCCAGGGUCACAAAAACAGGAGUCAGUCAUUUGCCACCUUUGUGGAAAGGGUUUCCCAGACCGAGCCGGCAUUGAGAAGCACCUGCAAGACCACACUAAGACCCCUUGCUGCUUUUGCACUAUGUGCAAAAAAACAUUUGCUGAGUUUGAAGACCUUGAAUCUCAUAUCAGUGUCUGCCAAGUUCUCAGGUUAAGAAGAAAGGAAGUGAGGAAAGCAUUCAUCAGAAAGCAUCAAAUUUUUAAAAGGUUAGAACAGAUAGAGGUUCUGUCAGAAAAUGAGACAUCAAGUGAAAUCAUUGUUUCACCUGGUAAAACUGAGGACAUUGUUGAUGGGCAUGUACAAAAUGUGACCAAGGACAAUCAGAAUGCGCAUGGGAACAACACAAUCAACUUGAAUCAGUUGGACAAGAAUAACACCAUCGACAGGAACAACACCAUCCACAUGAACAGCCAUCAGUUGGACAGGAACAACACCAUCGACAGGAACAACACCAUCAACUUGAACAACCAUCAGUUGGAAAGGAACAACACCAUCGACAGGAACAACACCAUCCACAUGAACAGCCAUCAGUUGGACAAGAACAACACCAUCCACAUGAACAGCCAUCAGUUGGACAAGAACAACACCAUCGAAAUGAACAACCGUCAGUUGGAAGGAAACCGCACCAAUGGCAUGGACAAGACCAACACUGUCAGCAUCAACGGCCAUCAUUUAUAUGAGAACAUUGACACAAAUGGCCAUCAGCUGGAUGAGAUGGACCAGAAAUCACAUGACAUCGUGGGUGCUGAUCUAGAUUUUCUGUGUGAGAAUUGCGGACUUCUGUUUGAAGGAUGUCUAAAUUUGACAGAGCACUACCAGGUUCACAGCAACCAAAAAUUGGAAAAUCAGUAUGACCACAGAAAUGUGGUAGAAUUUGAUGACAGUCUGUUCCUAGGCGACGAAGAACUACACAAAGUUUCUACAAUGAAAUCAGGGCCAGGGUGUUAUGUUAAUGACAUAAUGUAUUUUUUGAAUGAAGGAUAUGAUAUACCUACUGUGGUAAGGAACACAACGUCAUCAGGAAUUGGAUUGUCUCAAGGACACAGUGGCCAAGGUCACAUGGAGAUGAGUGGACAUCAGCUGGUUACAGAGAAUCUAUGGGCAAAGGAUGGAACCGAGUGUUUCAGGUCUGCUCAAGGUAAACAGCAGAAAGCAUUUGAGGUGUCCGAAGUUUAUGCUCUGGAUUGUGCAUAUAAUGAGUAUGGAGGAUGGAAGUUCACAAAGAUAAAGACUGAUGGGAAGCCAAAGACCAAAACCUCUGACAUGGCUGUAACUUGGAAUAGUGACAAUGGUUUGACAUCCAUCUGUGACCCCAAAGCACAAGAUACAAUCAUCUCUGACCUAAAUGCAUUUCAUCAAGUAAUCCCCAGUUCCACUGUGUCUUGCCAAGCUAUAACCUAUCCCGAUACAUAUUGUCAAACCAUUUCAGGUCCCAGUGGACAUGAUACAAUGAUACCAGAUCCGAAAGGAUAUGAUCAGACCAUCCCUGAUUCAACAGAAUAUGUUGCCAGAAUCCAGCAUCAAGAAGGAUAUGAUCAAACUGUCCCAAGCUCUAGAGGAUGUGUUGCUUCUAUGCCAGACCCUAUAUGGUAUGAAAGUACCUUCCAUCAUCCUUGCAGGAUAUGAAAAACAACUAUCAGAUACCAAAGGAUAUGAUAGCAUGUUGGAUCUUACAGGAUAUGACAGUGUUGUCAAAGAUACCAAUGGAAUUGCGGACACCAACCAAGCUUCUAAUGGAAAUGUUGCGUCUAUCCCCCACAACAAAGGAUAUGACAUGUUGGAUAAUACAGGAUAUGACAAUGUUGUCAAUGAUACCAAUGGAAUUGCGGACACCAACCAAGCUUCUAAUGGAAAUGUUGUGUCUAUCCCACACAACAAAGGAUAUGACAUGUUGGAUAAUACAGGAUAUGACAAUGUUGUCAAAGGUGCCAGUCAAACUGUUGAUAUAAACCAAGAUUCUGGUGGAUAUGUUCUUAACAUACCAGAUAACAAAAGCUAUGUUAAUCACGAUGCUGAACUGCUCAUCACUUGGAACUCUGACCAAUCAACUGGUGUCAAUAUGGACAGUAUGAGCAGUGGAAGAUUUGAUUCAGAUGGAAUUAGGUUCUCAGAUGAUGCACUGUCCUUUGAUGUGUGUAGUCCUGAUUUUAAACCAGUUCAGGCAUGCACUUUUGAGAAUGUUUUUGAAAAGUUUGUUUCUGACAGAAGUUCCAAUCACGGUGUUGAUAGUGAUGAGUGCACGGAUACAAUAUUUGUGUGCAAGUAUUGUAGAGAAUGGUUUGUAACAGAUCCUCACCUCAAAAACCACUUGUUGCAACACUGUGACAAUUCAUGCCUGAGCAGUGCUGGUAGGCUUACUGAUUCUAGUUUUAACAGCACUGGUAUGGAGCAUUUUCAUUCACACUUAAACAUUAUUGGUAAAAGUCAUGUUGACUCAGAUUUAAGCAUGAUCGGAUCUUUAGACACAAAUGUAGACCCUUUUCAAUCCUCUCAGUUUGAAGAAUUUUGGAUUCAUGAUUCAUCUACUCUGGAUCUGACUGAGCAAUCAGAACAUCCUGCUCAGGAGAAUCCAACAGAAACACAGCAGGUAGAACCAGUGGAUUUGGAUACUCACUUGAACACAGUAGAACAGAGCAUUGAUGGUCACAGUCAGUUGAAGAGUGAUCAGAUCUCUUACUUGGACUCCUUGGGCAACAUAAAAAUCACGUGCCAUCAAUGCAGCAAAGCUUUCCAUGAGGAUGACCUAUUCUGCCAUGACCCAUGCUUCACCAAUAAAGACAAGGACCUGGAUGAGUGUGGGGUGUGUCAUCGCAAGUUUUCUUCCUAUAAAAGUGUCCUUACCCACAUGAGAGCCCACAGUGAGCUGGCAAACCAGUGUGCCCAGUACCCAAGGACCUAUCAGAGCAAGGGUGUGGUGGAUGCCCACUGUGAGGUCCAUACCUUGGAACACAAGGAAUGUCAUAUCUGUGGGAAGCUUGUGAACCCUGCUCAGUUGAAAUACCAUGUGAAGCUUCACGACAGGGAUGUAGGGCAACAGAGGUCCCUGCAGUGUGUUGUGUGUGAACAGAGCCUCCCGGACAUGACCUCCCUCGCCUCUCAUCAGUACUCUGAACAUAGCAUGCAUGACGAUUCCAUCACCGACAUCAUCUCCUGCUACAAAUGCCCCCAUUGUAAGGAAGAGAUGCAGCACAAACCGUUAUUCAUAGCUCAUGUAGCUAGCCACACCGGUGUCUUCCCAUUUGAGUGUAGCUUAUGCUUGGAAGGAUUCUUUUACAAGACACUGCUAAAUGUGCAUUCAAAUAAAUACCAUUCUGUGCCUUGAA